AUGGAUGUCUCGGAUCUCGCAUUACUGGCAGACGGCCGACACCUCGCGUCUGCAGGUCGAGAAGGGAAGGCGGCGAUCUGGGACAUCAGCGGCAGCGCACACCAAGUCGCCGCCCUCCAACUCGCACUCUUCAGACGCCUCACGUGGUCCAGCAACGGUGCUUGCGUCGCGUCCGAAGACAACCGCAUGACUAUACAAAUAUGGACGGACGAGCGUUCCAGAAGCUACCCCUUGACCGUGCCAGGACAAGACAUGCCGAGCCGCGCGCAUUCUCCGCUGACGGACGCUGGCUUCUGGCCUACGAUCGGCACGGCUGUCAUGUUUGGGAUGUGGUCCACGUUCAGUAGCUCGAGUACACACGUUGCUGCUGGGCAUGAAGACGGGAGCGUCCGCGUCUGGGACAUGGCGACUAGACAGGAGCCUCUGCAUUGGCAGGCGCACGCCGAGCAGAUCCUUGAUAUGGCCUUCUCCCCGGACGGACGGCUGCUCUUGUCAGCGUCGCCAUGGGAGAAGACGGUGAGGUUGUGGAAUGCGCACACAGGUGCGAUGGUGAGGUCGCUCGAGGGACAUGCGCACUGGGUGUGCAAGGUGUGCUUCUCUCCGUGUGGGAAGUACAUUGCCUCUGCAUCUGAAGACGAGACGGUGAGGGUUUGGAGGACGAGCGAUGGGGUGUGCUUGGCGACCCUCUCUGACCACGGUGGGGAGGUCCUGCAGGUCGCGUUCACUCCUGAUGGGACAAUGUUGUGGUCUGCGGCCCACAAUGGAACUGUCUUGGGUCGUCCGCUACGGGAGAUCAUUCCAGAUGAAAUCGAACCAUAG